AUGGUAAUAUCAAAUGAGAAACUUUAUCAACAAAUUGAUCCAAAUGCAUUAGUUUUAAAUUCAGGUACAGGUGACGAUGAUAUCAGUACAAAUAAUACACCAACAAUUACUACAACUUCAAAAAAAUGGGAGGAUUAUUUGACAUCAAUUGCAGCAAAACUUCAUCAAGAAAAUCAACCUUCUUCAAAAAUAUUUUUAGCAAAAGUUAAACAUUGUGAUGUAUCUAAUGAUAUUGGAUCUACUGAAAUUCCAUGUUAUGAUCAUAGUAAUGAAUAUGAAAGUGAUCAAGCUUUAAAUUUGGUUCAGUCGGAUAAUGAAGCAGAUAAUGUUUUUGAUAUUAGUUCAGAUAUAGAAAAAGACGAACCAUCUAGUAAUUUAAAUUUCCAAUCAAAAAACAAUCAAUCCAAUUUUAAAGCACAAGGAACCAAAAUAGAGAAAGAAAAAGAAACAGAAGGUUGGGAAUUAAAUGCAGGUGUUUUCGUUGAAAAAUCAAUACAUGAUACUGAAUUAGAAAUAAGUUCAAGUGAUGAUAAUGAUGGAAUUGAUUCUUCUUCAGAUGAAGAUGAUUGGUGGGGUAAAAAUAAACCAAGAAGAAGAAAUAAAUUUUUUAAAAUGAAUUUUAAUCCUACAAAUAGAACUAACUUUUUAAAUAUUUCAAAUUAUCCUAUUGAUACAUUAUCUAGUUUUAUUAUUGAACAAGUUGAUGUUGAUGAAUUGGUUGAUAAAGAUUUUAAAAAUUUGAAAUCAUUUGAAGUUGGAAAAACACUGGAAUCUACAAAUGGAAGUAAUUAUCGGUAUGAUCAAUCUACAAUUAAAUUUCUUUUAGGUUUAUUGUUUUAUAUGGUUGUUUUUCUUCAAUUCUGA